AAAACAGCCAGUCUGAGUCAGUGUUACUGGUUUACCUCUCAGACUCCAGAAGAUGAAGAAAGAAGAGGAAGAGGAGGAUGGAGCAGAGUCUGUACUAUCCAGCUGUCUGUCUAUGAAGAGUGACCGGUCCAGAGGUUUUCCUCUAAACUUCAGUAAUGAACCUGGACCCUCAGACACAAAGGAUUCAGAGGAAGAGGAGGACGGAGCAGAGUCUGUAAUAUCCAGCUGUCUGUCUAUGAAGAGUGACCGGUCUAAAGAUGAUGUUCUACUCUUCAGUGAUGAACCUGGACCCUCGGACACAAAAGAGAGGAAGAGGAGUGAUGUUCCUAUGGAGGAGCAGCUGUCCUGCUGUUCUUUGUGUCAGGAUGUCCUGAAGGAUGCAGUCUCUACCAGCUGUGGACACUGGUUCUGCAGACAGUGCAUCACCUCAUACUGGGACCAGUCUGAUUCACCAGGAGACUCCUCCUGUCCCCAGUGUGCAGAAAGAUCCAGAACCAGAUCUGAACUACAGACAGACUGUCAGACCAGCACUGGACCCUGCAGUGGUCUGCAGGAGGUUUUAGAUGAACAUCAGAUCAGUCUCAGCAGCACAUUUGAAUGUGUAACUCAAGGAACUGAUGAAGCAGGAAGUGAAAUCCUCCUCAUCAGCAUCUUCACUGAGGUCCACAUCACAGAGGGACAGAGUGAAGAGGUUAAUACCCAACAUGAGGUGUGGCAGCUUGAAACAGCUUCCAAGAUGAAGACCCUCCAUGACACUCCAAUCAAGUGUCAGGACAUCUUUAAAGUCUUACCUGACCAACAGAAACACAUCAGAGUCGUUCUGAUGAACGGCGUCGCUGGUGUUGGAAAAACCUUCUUAGUGCAGAAGUUCACUCUGGACUGGGCACAGCGCUCCGAAAACCAAGAUAUCAGUCUGCUGAUUCAGUUCUCGUUCAGGGCGCUGAACUUGAUCAAAGAUAAGCAGUACAGUCUGAUCAUGCUGAUCCGUGUUUUCUAUCCAACAUUACAGAAGCUCACAGCAGAGACGCUCGCUGUCUGUAAAGUUCUGUUCAUCUUUGACGGCCUGGAUGAAAGCAGACUUUCACUGGAUUUUAACAACAGGAAGGUUGUGUCUGAUGUCACACAGAAGUCAUCAGUCAGUGUGCUGUUGACAAACCUCUUCAUGGGGAAGCUGCUUCCAUCAGCACUCAUCUGGAUAACUUCCAGACCUGCAGCAGCCAAUCAGAUCCCUCCUUCAUGUGUGGACAGAGUAACAGAAGUACAAGGCUUCACUGAUGAGCAGAAGGAGGAGUACUUCAAGAAGAGAUUCAGUGAUGAAGAGCAGUCCAGCAGGAUCAUCUCACACAUCAAGACAUCCAGGAGCCUCCACAUCAUGUGUCACAUUCCAGUCUUCUGCUGGAUCACUGCUACAGUUCUGGACCACAUGUUGACUGCAGACCAGAGAAGAAAGCUGCCCAAGACCCUGACUGACCUGUACUCACACUUCCUGUUGGUUCAGACAAAGAGGAAGAAGAACAAGUAUGAUGAGGGACAUGAGACGAGUCCACAGGAGCUGACAGAGGCUGACAGGAAACUUCUUCUGAAGCUGGGGAGGCUGGCGUUUGAACAACUGGAGAAAGGAAACAUCAUGUUCUACCAAGAAGACCUGGAGCAGUGUGGUCUGGAUGUCACAGAGGCCUCAGUGUUAUCAGGAUUUUGUACACAGAUCUUCAAAAGAGAGAGUGUGAUGUUCCAGAAAACAGUCUACAGCUUUGUUCAUCUGAGCAUUCAGGAGUUUCUGGCUGCAGUCUACAUGUACCACUGUUACACCAACAGCAACACAGAGAUACUGAAGAACUUCCUGGGAGAAGACUACAAACACACCUCACUGGAUGACUUCCUGAAGAGAGCCAUGGAGAAAUCUCUGCAAAGUAAAAAUGGCCACCUGGACCUGUUUGUUCGCUUCCUUCAUGGCCUCUCUCUGGAGUCCAACCAGAUUCUCUUAGGAAGCCUGCUGGGUCAGACAAAGAACAGUCCAGAAAUCAUCCAGAGAAUCAUCAAAAACCUGAAGGAGAUGAACAGUAAGGAUAUCUCCCCUGACAGAAGCAUCAACAUCUUCCACUGUCUGAUGGAGAUGAACGACCGCUCAGUACAUCAGGAGAUCCAAGAGUUCCUGAAGUCAGAGAACAGAUCAAAGAAAAAACUCUCUAAGAUCCACUGCUCAGCUCUGGCUUACAUGCUGCAGAUGUCAGAGGAGGUUCUGGAUGAGUUUGAUUUGAAGAAGUACAACACAACACAGGAGGGACGACGGAGACUGAUCCCAGCUGUGAGGAACUGCAGAAAGGCCCAACUUUCUGGAUGUGGACUCUCAGUGACUCACUGUAAAGUUGUGGCCUCAGCUCUGAAGUCCAACCCUCAUCUGACAAAGCUGGACCUGAGUGAGAACAAGCUGUCUGAUUCAGGAGUGACACCUCUGUCUGCUGGAUUAGAGAGUCCAAACUGUAGACUAAAGACUCUGAGGUUGAUAGGCUGCAGUUUAACAGAGAUCAGCUGUGCUUCUCUGGCCUCAGCUCUGAAGAACAACCCCUCCCAUCUGAGAGAGCUGGACCUGAGUGGAAACAAGCUGAAGGAUUUAGGAGUGAAUCCACUGUGUGAUUUCCUGGAGAGUCUACAGUGUAGACUGGACACUCUGAGAUUGAUAGACUGCAGUUUGUCAGCGAUCAGCUGUGCUUCUCUGGACUCAGCUCUGAAGUACAACCCCUCCCAUCUGAGAGUGCUGGAUCUGAGUGAGAACAAGCUGAAGGAUUCAGGAGUGAAGCAUCUGUGUGAUUUCCUGAAGAAUCUAGACUGUAAACUGGAGACUCUGAGAUUGAUGAACUGCAGUUUGUCAGAGACCAGCUGUGAUUCUCUGGUCUCAGCUUUGGAGGCCAACCCCUCCCAUCUGAGAGAGCUGGAUCUGAGCGAAAACAACCUGCUGGAUCCAGAUGUGAAGCUGCUGUCUGGUCUUAAGAAGAGUCCAGAGUGUAGACUGGCGACUCUGAGCUGGUUGUCACCUCGGCUUGGGCUUCCCUGA